CCACCACCCCAAUGGUACAAUGUUUUCGAAAUAUAAUAUUUCUUAUUAUACUAUUUAGCAUUGCCAGCAACACUAGAGUGGACCACUGUAGAUCACAAACAAAUUUAGUGCUGCUGCAAUGUGUUUAUUUACUAUUUAGUACACCUUUUUUUUUUCAGGUUUCCUCAUGUGGAGGUCUAUUUGAGUCUGAAACAUUCACAUUAUAGUCAAACUAACUCUUUCAGCGAGAAGCUGAUGGCUUUUUCUGAAAUGUCAAUUUCAAGUCAAUAGUUUAAAGGUAAAAGUCACCAAACACAAAAAUAUGAAAAGAGAGACAGACAAAGUGCAAAUAAAUGACACAAGCAUUAUGGCAGUGGUGGGAGAAUUAAAAAGCCCUGCAAUAUUGGAGAGUGAAGAUUACACUCAAGAUGGUACAGUGGACCUAAAAGGUAGACCAGUUUUAAGAUCAAAGACUGGAACAUGGAGAGCUUGUUCCUUCAUAGUAGGUUAUGAAAUGAUUGAAAGGAUGGCAUACUAUGGGAUAGCAUCAAACCUAGUGCUGUACCUGACAAAGAAGCUCCAUGAGGGUACUGUAAAAUCUUCAAACCAUGUUACCAACUGGGUUGGCACAGUGUGGAUUAUGCCAGCUGCAGGGGCUUAUAUAGCUGACGCCUAUCUUGGCAGAUAUUGGACCUUUGUAACAGCAUCUGGCAUUUACCUUCUGGGAAUGUGUUUGCUGACACUAGCAGUAUCACUACCAGCUCUAAGACCACCACCAUGUCCUCCAGGGGUAGCAGACAAGGAUUGCCAACAAGCAUCAUCAUUGCAAAUGGGUAUUUUCUUCUUUGCCUUGUACAUCAUUGCAGCAGGCACAGGGGGAACCAAGCCCAACAUUUCCACCAUGGGAGCAGACCAAUUUGAUGACUUUGAGCCCAAAGAAAGACACCAUAAGCUUUCUUUCUACAAUUGGUGGGUGUUUUAUAUCUUAAUUGGAACCAUUUCUGCCCAAACUGCAUUAGUUUACAUACAAGACAAUGUGGGCUUUGCACUUGGAUAUGGAAUUCCAACCAUUGGACUUGCCAUUUCAAUAUUGGUGUUUCUGUUAGGAACUCCACUUUAUAGGCAUAGAUUACCCUCAGGAAGCCCUUUAACUAGGAUGGUUCAGGUCAUUGUGGCUGCAAUGAGCAAGUGGAAGGUAAAAGUCCCAGAUGAUCCAAAAGAGUUACAUGAAGUGAGCACAGAAGAGUAUGCAAGUAAAGGCAGAAACAUAAUUGAUCACAGCUCUUCAAUGAAAUUCCUUGACAAGGCAGCAACAAAGACUGGUCAAACUUCACCAUGGAUGCUUUGUACUGUGACCCAAGUUGAGGAAACCAAGCAAAUGAUGAAAAUGAUUCCAAUUCUAAUAACUACAUGUAUCCCAAGCACCAUCAUAGCUCAAACCACCACACUCUUCAUUAGGCAAGGCACUACUCUAGACCGGAGCAUGGGACCUCAUUUUGAAAUACCUCCUGCAUGUCUUACAGCAUUUAUAAACAUCUUCAUGCUGAUAAGCGUUGUUAUCUAUGACCGUGUUUUUGUUCCUGCGAUCCGGCGCUACACAAAGAACCCCAGAGGGAUCACAAUGCUGCAGAGACUUGGGAUUGGCCUUGUUCUGCACAUCAUUAUAAUGACCACUGCAUGCCUGGUUGAGAGGAAGAGACUCGGUGUUGCAAGAGAAAAAAACCUCUUAGGCCAGCAUGACACAAUUCCUCUUACAAUUUUCAUUCUCCUCCCUCAGUUUGGUCUGACAGGGAUUGCUGAUACCUUUGUGGAUGUUGCUAAGCUAGAAUUCUUCUAUGAUCAAGCACCAGAAGCCAUGAAAAGUCUUGGAACAUCAUAUUUCACAACCACCCAGAGCAUUGGGAGUUUUUUCAGUACUUUUCUUUUAUCAACUGUGGCUGAUCUCACCCGCAAACAUGGCCAUAAGGGUUGGAUUUUGGAUAAUCUAAACGUCUCCCAUAUAGAUUACUAUUAUGCAUUCUUGGCCAUGCUGAGCACUAUCAACUUCCUUUGCUUUGUUAUUGUUGCCAAGUUCUUUGUCUAUAAUUAUGAUGUAACACAAACCAAAAUGGACUUGGAGUUGGAAAUGAACACUGCUUCAGCUUAGAACAAGACUAGAAUAAGCCAAGGUACCUCCACAACCAGAUGCCAAGUCCUUGGGAAAACAAUCAAACAGCUUUUGUGCUCUUGAUAUAAGCCUAUUGAGAAUGUAAAGAAAUCUUCAGAUUUGUCCAGCUGUGAUGAUUCAUUUUCUUUGCUUAUGUAGACCCUAUCUAUAUAUAUUUAUGGGAUCAAUAAGACAAUUAAGAGUCAUGAUGGUGAUAUUAUAGAUUGUGGUUGUGAUUUAACAAAAGUAGCAUUGUAGCCUGAGAUAAAGUUUCACAUAAAAUUGAUGCUGAAGAGCCAGAGCAUAGACUAUGUGCUUCUUGUCCUACAACAAUGAAGCUGUGAUGUGAUUCAAACAUUGAAUCAACUAGGGUUUGAAAUACUAAUAUCCAAAUUACUCACCCUAAUUGAGAACGCAUGGUGCUUGUCGCUAUCUAUUUGA